GCUCCUGGGUUGGUACACGUAGGUGUUUUGCUAACCAAUAGAACAGCAUUGAAAUGAAGUCCUCCUCAGCAGGAUGGGGCCCACAGUGGCUCCUCAAAAUGUCACCUGACAAACAGGACACCCUUCUGAAAAUGUUGGUCCUGUCCAUUGCAGCCAUAUUAUCAUUUUCAACAAGGCUGUUUUCAGUUUUACGAUUUGAAAGUGUUAUCCACGAGUUUGAUCCCUACUUUAACUACCGCACCACUAGAUACCUGACUGAGGAAGGAUUUUAUAGCUUCCACAACUGGUUUGAUGAUAGAGCAUGGUAUCCCCUGGGUCGUAUCAUUGGAGGAACAAUCUACCCUGGUUUAAUGGUUACAUCUGCUGUGUUUUACCAUGCUUUGUGGUUCUUCAACAUCACCAUUGAUAUCAGAAAUGUGUGUGUAUUCCUGGCUCCAAUGUUUUCAAGUUUCACUACACUUGUCACUUACUGGUUUACCAAGGAACUCAAGGAUGCUGGUGCUGGGCUUGUAGCUGCUGCUAUGAUCGCUAUUGUACCUGGAUACAUCUCCCGUUCUGUGGCUGGGUCCUAUGAUAACGAAGGAAUUGCCAUCUUCUGCAUGCUGCUGACAUAUGCUCUGUGGAUCAAGUCCGUCAAAACUGGGUCACUCUUCUGGUCCUGUCUGUGUGCCCUGGCCUACUUUUACAUGGUUUCCUCAUGGGGAGGUUAUGUUUUCCUGAUCAACUUGAUUCCUCUACACGUCCUGGCCCUUAUGUUGACCGGCAGAUUCUCUCACAGGAUAUAUGUGGCUUAUUCUGCUGUGUACUGCAUUGGAACCAUCCUGUCCAUGCAGAUCUCCUUUGUUGGCUUCCAACCUGUUCAGUCCAGUGAACAUAUGGCUGCCCUGGGAGUUUUUGGACUUUGCCAGAUGCAUGCCUUCAUUGAUUAUGUGAGAUCCAAGCUGAGUGUUGAACAGUUCAAUAUCUUGUUCAGGAGCAUUGUCCUGAUGGGUGCUGUUGUCAGUCUGUCUGUGGCUGCUAUUGGAACCGCCACUGGCAAAAUCUCUCCCUGGACCGGGCGUUUCUACUCCCUGUUGGACCCCUCCUAUGCCAAGAACAAUAUCCCCAUUAUUGCCUCGGUAUCAGAACACCAGCCUACUACCUGGAGCUCCUUCUACUUUGACUUACAAAUGCUUACCAUCAUGUUCCCAGCUGGACUGUAUUUCUGCUUUAACCGCCUGACGGACGCUAACAUCUUCAUCAUCAUGUACGGUGUCACCAGCAUCUACUUUGCUGGUGUCAUGGUUCGUUUGAUGUUGGUCCUGGCUCCAGUCAUGUGUAUCCUGUCUGGUAUCGGAGUUUCCUCCACUCUGAACACUUACAUGAAGAACCUUGAUGUCUCCCGAAAGGACAAAAAGACAUCCAAAAAGAAUGUGGAUCACACUUACCCCUUCAAGAAUGAGGUAGCGACUGGUGUUGUGUUCUUGGUGACAGCCUUUCUGAUCACCUACACCUUCCACUGUACCUGGGUCACCUCCGAGGCUUACUCCAGCCCCUCUAUCGUUCUGUCCGCGCGGGCCGGGGACGGAGGCAGGAUCAUCUUUGACGACUUCAGAGAGGCUUACUAUUGGCUCCGACACAACACUCCAGAGGAUGCAAAAGUGAUGUCAUGGUGGGAUUAUGGGUACCAAAUAACAGCAAUGGCAAAUAGAACUAUUUUAGUAGAUAACAACACUUGGAAUAAUACACACAUAUCCCGAGUAGGACAGGCUAUGGCAUCAACAGAAGACAAGGCCUAUGAAAUUAUGAGAGAACUAGAUGUCAAUUAUGUAUUGGUUAUAUUUGGAGGACUUACUGGGUAUUCCUCUGAUGAUAUUAAUAAGUUUUUGUGGAUGGUUCGUAUUGGGGGCAGCACAGACCGAGGGGCACACAUAAAAGAGGCCGAUUACUACACCCCACAAGGAGAGUUUAGGAUCGACAAAGAGGGGUCACCCACCCUCCUCAACUGUCUGAUGUACAAGAUGUGCUACUACAGAUUCGGGGAAGUUUACACAGAGGGAGGAAAACCCACAGGAUAUGACAGAGUUAGAAAUGCAGAAAUAGGAAACAAAAAUUUUGAUCUGGAUGUUUUAGAAGAAGCAUACACCACAGAACAUUGGCUUGUUCGUAUUUAUAAAGUUAAAGAUUUAGAUAACAGAGGGGCAUAAUUCUAUAUCAGAGACUUAUCAUUCAUUUUAAAAAAAAAAAAAUACAUAUUGUUGUUUGGAUUUUUUACAAACAUUGUCAACUUGUAAUGUUUAUACAUUGUUAUAGAUAUACUGAAAAAAUAUUUACAAAGAAAACUUGUCCAUAGUUGUCAACCAGAUUACAUUUGUUUGCAAAAAGAAACAAUACCACUUCAGCUGUUGUGAUGUUUAUUAAUGAUUCACAGCAUGACAAGACAAUAAAUGACAUACAAAACUUAAACAA